AUCUGCACCGCGUCGUAUUGGCGGAGGCUAUGUCUCUGACCGAAUGUUGGGGGCUAUCAGCAACAGUCGUUUAACAACCGAGCCUCCCUCUCGUCCUGGAAAGAAAAUAGGCUGCAAAAUUCUCGUUAGUGUCUGUUGACCGAAUUCACCAUGUCUCGACCGCCCUCAUCGCCACUGGUGUCCGACUUGGACGAGGAUGAAAUAACUUCCUCAACACCAACCUCUCCUGAUGCUAUGGCCUGGAGCCUCGUACCUCCCAGUCCUGCGGAAACUGAAUUUCAGUCUCAAAAGCCUUCAAGCUCGUUCCUCGACCACGCCGGAUCCAAAGAAGCGGUUCCGGUUGGCAAAGCGCCAUACAACCGCGAACUAGAACUGCAUGGCUUGUUGACGAUCUACACGGAUCUCAGCGCUGUAAUUGUACCACUGGCGCUUCUCGUGUUUGUGUCGAUGGUUGUGUGGGCCAAUGGCCGCCCCGUAGAUCACUACUACGACGGAUUUCAGGAUGUCAUCACUAUUGUAAGUUCUCUUGCAACCAUGUUUCCCAUUAUAUUUGCAUCAAUAAUGGGUCGGCUCAUGUACCAAAUCGCCCGCUGGAAGCUCGAGACAGGCGUUUCGUUGGGUACACUCGAACAGUUGAUGGGAAGUCGAACCUUGGGAUCUACCUUUCUCACUCAAUUUGAACUACGAGCUUUCAAUGCUCUUAGCUUUACGUUACUGGUCGCCUGGAUAUUUUCACCCCUUGGAGGUCAAUCGCUCUUGCGGCUCCUGGAGCUACGGUCGCACCCUGUCGAUUCCAGCAUUACGUAUUAUGAUGUUGAGUUCCCGACUAAUCUCGCCGAAGAGAACACCAAUAAUUCAGUUGGAGACUCAACAUACGUCACUGCUCUUCUGACACCGGACUUAAUCAGAAAGGAUACCAUGGAUGUCUGGGGCAAUGUCAAAAUUCCCUUUCUCGAGUCGUACGACGUUCCUAACGACUCCAAGUGGCAAAAUAUUACUCGUGGCCAGAAUUUGGAAUAUUCCGCCUUGGUGGGGAUUCCGAUAGCAAACAUCUCAACGGGAAACUCGACAUUUGCUAUAGAAUCGAGCUACGUUUACCUUGAAUGUACUCAGCCGAAAAAAGCCGGUACAGCCGGAUCGUAUGUGAUAGCCACAUAUGAAACAUUGUUCAACGAAACGGGAAUCAAUGCCACCAAGGAACAAUGGCCAGCCAAUGGAACCUGGAAUGGAUUUCAACAAAAUAGCUCACAGGGCAAAGGUAAUUGGAAUCUCGCACUCGAUCGGUUUGUGGACGAGAUGUGGAGUAGUGCCGAUGAUCAGCUUGGUCCAUUGCUGGUGAAUCAGACGAAGAUAAAGGCAAAACAUGCAAAUCUAUUCUUUCAAGGACGAUUCAUUGUCGCCACGGACCCGGAUCGUGGCGACAUUGUCAAAUCCAAAUGCAAAGUCUUUCAAAAAUAUGUUCAAUCCAAGAUUGAAUGUUCACGGAUAUCCCCCGAAACACGACAAAACUGCAGUGUGGUUGCUCAACAGCCUUCCAAGAAGAAACAUCUACCUGGAUCAAUAUCCCAUCUCUCCUUUCCACUGAUAUUUGAGAAACUCUCCCUCAAUCUCCCCCAAGCCGCAGGAGACUCGAAAUCACGAAGCGACCUCUCUUUAAACUACAUCAAGUACUCGUCUGCCUUUGAAACGAUCACAGGUGGUACUGUAGGCUUGGAAAGCAUCACUGCAAAAGUCUUCAGUUUACGCUUGGGCCAACUUAUCAACUCAUAUCUUCUUGCCAACCAGAUUCCAAUGGACAACUUGAUGGCCGGCAAUGGUAACCUCCAGGCAAACUCUUCGGCCCACGAAACGGCAACAGCUAAGAUAUACGAUUUGGCUCAAUUCUACUACGUACCUCGAUUUUGGGCAGCAAUUUCAUACAUAUCCUGUGUCGUUCUGCUAGUUAGCGGCAUUCUUAGCGUUGUAUUCGCUCAUUUAGCCAUUGGACCGGAAGUGCUCGGUUUUGCCUCGACGGUCAUACGUGACUCCCGUUACAUGGACUUACACCCUGAUAUUGGAAGGAUGAACGGGGUUGAUAUAGCAUUUGUUCUCAAGGAUGAGCGGGUUCGAUAUGGCUACACCCACCUCACACGGAGACAAAUGCCGCUAGUUGGAGUUGGACGCCAGGAGGAAAUCCGAUUGAUCAAGCCAAAUCCGAGGGGAGAAUCUGAUGCGUAG